ACGACAGGGAAGUUUAAACCAUGGUUAGAUAUUCAGGUGUCUUAUGUUGUCUUUAUUUUAAGAAUAAAAAGAGCAGUCAGCUUGUUAGCGACCAUCUACGAAAAAACGUUUCAAAAAAAGUUCAACAACUUCAAGAUUUUUUUAAUUUUUAUUUUAGCAUACACGCUUCUAAUUUAAUAGUUGCACUGCCAUAAGGGGAUAUGUCAGAUACAUAGAUUUUUAAGUCCAAGUUAUUAAAGUUUUUAACGUUUUAGUGGGAAACGGCAACUUGAUGGUCCCUAAAACAUAGACAUAAAUACUGUGCCUUGGCUGCCUUAGCCCAAGCAAAGUGUUGUGCUGACUUUAGAUAUCCAUCUUCGGUGUAUUCAGCUUGAUGACAACUUAAAUACUUUUUUCUUUUCUCAAAUAGCCGCCGAUGGAGUUCCAGUAUGUGUUGACAAUCUAGGUUCGCUAAAUUAUGAAAUCUAGUUUUAAUUUCUGACUUUCGAUAGGCUUGAAAAUGUUACUUCAGCUUUUUGUAAGGCCUUUCGAAAAUAAUUCGGUCCUUUUCUGGGUCUUUGACGGAAUUUUGAUCAGGCAGCUCUUUGAACGGCCAAAGUAGGAGCGGUCCUAAUCUCUCACAUGUACCACUGUGUGCAUGCCUGAGGUGAAACAGUUUGAGAAAGGGGAAAAAAGCACAUUUUAUUAUAUUUACUGCUGUUGGUCUACAAGUAUUUUUACAUUAUGAGCUCCCAGAUUACGUGUGUCGGGUGGGUGAAGCGUGGCGUUGCCAAGGAAACCCCUGACAAGGUCGAGCUGAGUCAAGAGGAGCUUCAACGCAUCAUUACCGAAGCUAGAGAAGAUCUGGGGGAUGUAGCAGGGGAAGAUGAAGAUGAGGAGGAAGAUGAAGGCAUUCCACGUGAUGACGAUCCAUCUGGAGAAACAUUAGAUGAUGAAGAAGACUUGGAUCCAAAGACCGGGAAUGAUGAAGAGGAGGAAGACGAUGAACUGGCGGAAUAUGGGCUGGACAAGUAUGAUGAAGAGGAUACAGCUACUGCUAACCUUGGCGACAGUCUAGCUGGGCUCACGGUGUUCAGCUCUAAUGACGAGGAUCCCUACAUCACCAUCAAAGACACAGACCAGUAUGAGCGAGAAGACUUCCAAAUCAAACCCACUGAUAACCUCAUCCUGGCUGGCAAAACGGAGAAGGACUGCUGCAACUUGGAGAUCUAUAUUUAUAACUCAGAGGAGGAAUCAAUGUAUGUCCAUCAUGACAUCCUGCUGCCAGCCUAUCCGUUGUGUGUGGAGUGGCUAGACUUCGAUCCCAACCCACAAGAGGGAAGAGCUAACUACGUCGCCGUGGGCAACAUGACUCCACAGAUAGACGUGUGGGAUCUGGAUGUGGUGGACUGUUUGGAGCCAGUCUUCUCCCUUGGGAACAAAAAGGCCUCCAAGAAGAAAAAGAAAAGCACAAAGGGUGCAGCAGCGGAGCCUGUGGAGGGACACACAGAUGCAGUGUUGGAUUUAUCCUGGAACAAGCUGGUCAGGAAUGUGCUGGCCAGUGGAUCUGCCGACGACACGGUCGUCCUGUGGGAUCUGUCUCAGGGCAAGCCAGCCACAACUCUGCGGAAGCACACAGACAAGGUCCAGACGUUGAGAUUUCAUCCCUUCGAGGCACAGACCUUGAUAUCUGGAUCAUAUGACAAGACAGCCGUCCUUUAUGACUGCCGGAAUCCAGACAGCAGCUUCAGAACCUGGAGGUUUAGUGGGCAAGUGGAGCGGCUGGUGUGGAACCACUUCUCACCCUUUAACUUCCUGGCCAGCACAGAAGAUGGUUUCGUCUACUGUCUAGAUGCCCGCACCGAUAAACCAUUGUUCACACUAAAGGCACACGACGAAGAAGUGUCAGGUUUAGACCUCAGCAGCCAGAUCAAAGGAUGCCUCGUCACCUCAUCUGCUGACAAACACGUGAAGAUUUGGGACAUUUUAAGCAACAAGCCCAGCCUGGUGCACUCUCGAGACAUGAAAAUGGGGGUGCUGUUCUGUGCUUCGUGUUGCCCUGAUCUGCCCUUCGUCUACGCCUUCGGGGGACAGAAGGAUGGCUUGCGGAUUUGGGACAUAAGUGACGUUGCAGCAGUGAGCGAGGUGUUCGGCAGCCGAGAGCGCAUGACGGUGAACCCGGGAAGCCAGGCUUCCUCGUCUGCAGCCACAGCAGACAUGGAAGUCUCCUAGGGAUCUUCUGGAUCCUCUGUAAUCAUAAAUUAGUUGGAUUACCAUGGAAACCCAGCAGGUUUCCCUUUUGUGCCUGGCUGCGAGAAGGGCAGAACUAGCUAAAUCUGAACUCACAGCAUUGAAUAAAGACUGACCAACAUGUGUCUAAAAAGACUGGAACACAAACUACCGGUAGUUAAUAGAAUAAUUAGACAGAAAUGCUAUUUUUUAUAAUUGUGCUAGUAAACAUCGUACACAUUUUCUCAGAUCUUUGCCCCGGUGCCUCUCUCUGUGCAUUAGAAGUACAAAUCACUACUAAAAGUAGUAGUACUGAUUUACCUGUCCACAAGAAAUAAAUCAAUUAAAUUGUUUUACAGUAAUUACAAAUGUAAAGUUACCAG